CAACCAUCAGAUUCAAGAUUGAGACUGAAGAUUCUCUCUGUGCACUGCACAGCAUCAGAAUGCCCCGCGGCAAAAACGUCAGAGAUCUGGCCCGUCUGUCGGGCAGGCCGCUUGCCGAGACGCUCGAGAGAUCCAGCGUGACGAUCAAGUCGGAAGAAUGGCUGACUGCCUCAGACCUGCAUGAGCCCGGUCUGCAGUUCACGCCCGAGGCCAUCCACGGCAUGGAGAUGUACCUGCUGGCGAACCCGAACAUGAACUCGAGCCAUCUGUUCCGAGCAGAUAUCCUGCUCGACAGCUGGGGGGUGUUGAAGACGCCGCGUGAAAAGGAACAGCAGUUUGCAGGCAAUGCCAUCUCGAACCGUGCAGGCGACGAGACCGAGACCGAGACCGACCCGGUCGAGCCCCUGCCAGUCAAGGAGAUCCCGGGGUUCAAGCACCAGAGAACGAUUGUCCGAAGGCUCAUCCCGCGGAAUAUAAAUCUGGAUAAGCCGCUAGACCAGACGUGCCAUUUCUACGAGUCUGGCGGGACGCCCAGGAAACAGAUGUUGGUCAUGUACAGGCCGCAUGUCGAACAGAAGGAGGAUCUGCCCUGGUAUCAUCCUGUGAUCAGGGCUUGGGCGUCUCUGUACGAUUACACAUAUCCGUCUGAAGAAGAUGGCCCUGGCUGCGGCACCAUGUCGGUGCACUUUCUCCCGUACGCUUCCGAACCGAUAUCGACCCGUCUGGAGCGUAUACUGUCGGCCCUCCUCAACGCGCAGAUCCGACUCGCGCGACUGACGCCGCCGUCGCCGUCGUCGUCGCACCCCCCCGACGAGACGGGCAACUCCAAUCCCAUCAAGGAUAAUAUCAUCCCGAAGCAUCUCGUCCAAAACACGUACGCCCGACUCAAGUGCACGUACGCGACCGAGCUGUUGGAGAAAUGGGUGGAGGAGACCGAGCCGGAGAAACAUGUCUUUGAGGACCUGCUGAUCACCGCGUUUCUCAUCGAGCUCUGGCGGAACAUGUACGGUGUUGCUCCGUCGUCAGAAGAAGAAGGAGAAGAAGAAGGCCAAAUGCGGCUAGAGAACAGCUUCCCCGGCUUUGUGGAUAUCGCCUGCGGCAACGGCGUUCUAGUCUACGUCCUCUCGCAAGAAGGAUAUUCGGGCCGCGGCUUCGACGCCCGCCGCCGCAAGACAUGGGACAUCUUCCCCGACCAGAUCCAGGCUCGUCUCCAGGAAGCAGUGUACAUCCCGCCGCCGUUCGUCGAAGCCGUCCGCAAGGCCGGAAACGACGAGCUGCUGCGCGACCUGGAACAGCACGUGGAGAUCCAUCCGGGCGUCUUUCCACGCAACACCUUCAUCAUCUCCAACCAUGCCGACGAACUGACCGUCUGGACCCCGCUCAUGGCAGCCCUCUCCUGUCCGGACUCGCCCUCCCCGUUCCUAUCGAUUCCCUGCUGUUCGCAUUCUCUUUCGGGAGCACGCUACCGCUACCCACCUCCCAAAUUGACGAAAAAGCAGCACCAUUUAGAAGAGAACGAACCGAUAGACGACGGUUCACAUGGCGAUUUGAAAGCCCUCCGAGCUCGCAAACAGCUCGAAAGGACAGACGCCGGAAUGCACAGCUCCAUGUACGGCACCCUAACGGCUAAGACGAUGGCGGUCGCGCUCGAAGCAGGCCAAGACGUCGAGAAGACCAUCCUUCGUAUUCCGUCGACGCGGAACUUGGGUGUCGUCGGGGGUAGGAAAAGGGUUAUCCAGCAGUAUAAUCAUAGGCAGGCCGGGGUCUCUUCGAAUCAAGAGAUUCAUCAACCCGCUGCUGGCCGUCGAGUCGAUCUUCUUCGCCCGAUCGAGGAGAUUGUCCGUCGUGAAUGUGCGCGGGAAGGUGGCGUCCUCGCCGCGGCGCUCAUCUGGAUUGAACGUGUGAAGAAGUUGCAUGUUGGCCAGGGCAAGGGGAACCAACCUGGAUCGUCGUAGACAUCUGACUCACUGGUCUGCAUUUUCAUGUGAUGCAAUGUACAUAUCACAAACUUUAUACGUCUCUCAUGUCUAUAUUAUAUUCGCUAAUUCAGGAGAUGGGAUAUACCACGU